AUGUGGCAGAAGCAAGAAGGCAGCAAAAAAACGCGCGUACAAGAGCAAGAAGAGCGUAAGAGUCUGAAUCUGACGCUCAAGCACGUCGUGAGGCGGGUUGGGCCCGUGCCAGAACGCAGAGGGAGCAACAAACCGAAUCUCAGACGGAAGCGCGUCGACAGACCAACCAGGAACGUACUGCAGCACGAAGAGCAGCAGAGACUCCUGAGCAGCGCGAAGAGCGUCUCUGUCAAAACAGGGAAAGAGCCAGGGCGCGCAGAGCCCGUCAAGCACGGACAGAGAGUCCCAGAGAGUCUGCAGAGUGCCAAGCAGCAACAGAAUGUGCCCAUGCCUCCAAUCGAGCAUCUUUGCAACGCAGGAGACAAGCUGAGAACACUCCAGGUCGCAUAAAUGGUGAGCAGCUCGGCUGCAAGGGCCAUGCUUUCCACAUGCUGUGAGAAGGGCAAGCUGUCUCUGCCCCUUCUCCCUGACCCGACAGCACUUCUGGGCUCUCUCAUCGACGAUACUCCAAGGUCCCGCCGCUUCCAUAAGAACAUUCGAGCACACAAUGCAGCACUGUCUAUGGCGUCCGUAGUUGCCAAAUGGAUGAACAGAGGGCCCGGUCCUUCUAACUUUAACCCCACAAUGACGAUGCAGGGCGAGAUGUAAAUGGGUCCCAUGGUGCCAUACGACGGGCGGGCGCCUGCCUAUGCUUCCGUUUACAUUCACGACACUGACUACGCUACCCGGACGCGCACAAGACUUGGAAACUCUACACGACUGGAAGAGGAACUCAUGACGCAACUGACACACAUGCUGCAAGAAUGCAAACCCUACGUGCAGACAUUUCUGUGUAUGCGUGAAUGGGCACAAUCUACUCAUAACAACACUCCAGCCGCGUACCAGAUGGUGAUCCAUGCCGACCGCAGGCCAAGUCAUGGGCACGUGUGCCGGUACAAUGGUCCCGAAGCUUCUAAAGUGGCUGCAUUGAUCCCUGGAAAUGAAGACGGAGAGAUUGGGCGAAGAGAUAUAGUCGUGUGCAGGCGUGGGAUUCUGAAUAAUAACGGGAACGAAGUGCUGGAUCCGAUUUCAGUCAGUCAUCGUGCAUACGAUCCAUUGAGUUACGUGCUUUUGUUUCCGAACGGUAGAGAUGGAUGGUAUUCAGAGCUUCGAUUCUCCAUUGAGGACGACGGCAGACGUAACAAGAUAACUCCGAUGAUGUUCUACGGAUAGAUGAAGGAUCUCAUGUCCUUGGUCAUCAACGAGGAAAUGUUCGGAACCGUCGUUUCCCAUGUACGAGUCAUAGAAUUUCAGAAACGCGGUCUCCCUCACGCUCACGUUGUAGUUUUCCUAGAUGGGGUCUCCAAGAAUGAUCUGCGUAAUCCCGAAAACGUCGACCGCAUUACCUCUGCCCAGAUCUCGUCUUCCGAAGAUCCAGAACUCCAAGAGGUCGUGCUCAAGCAUAUGAUUCACAACCCAUGUGGAGAACACAAUCCAACAGCCGUGUGUAUGGGCGAGCAGUACUGCAAGAAAAGGUUUCCAAAAUCAUUCAAAAACGAAAUCAGCCAGUCCGAGAGUGAGUACUACAUCACGUAUCGCAGAAGGUCCCCCUCCGCAGGUAGGGUCUCCAUCGAGAGGCCCUCCGGCAUUGGCCGACGACAGAUAUCCGUCGUAGUCGACAACUCCUGGGUCGUUCCCCGCAGUCCUCCGCUCCUACGAUCGUUCGCAUGCCAUUUGAAUGUGGAACUCUGCGUGUCACGCGUUGGCGGAAUCAAAUACCUCUUGAAGUGUGUGUGUAAGGGACAAGACCGAGUGACAAUGGAAAUCACUGCCGAAAACGAGUGCUACGACGAGAUCUCCAACUUUCAAGAUGUCAGAUACGUGUCUGCAUCGGAGGCCGCAUGGGGGUUAUUCUCCUUUGACAUUGUUGAUCGCAAUCCUCCAGUGGUCAGACUUGCAGUUCAUCUGCCCAACCACCAUACGGUGUACUUUGAGGAAGGACGAGAGCAGGAGGCGGCGCUUCAACCGGCAUCAGGUACGAAGCUGACCGAGUGGUUUAAAGCCAACGAACAGUACCCAAGCGCGAGGCAUAUUCGGUACCACAAGUUUCCAAAGUACUUUACGUGGAAGACAAGCCGCAAGUCAUGGAGUCCAAGAGCAUCUCUGCGAAGACGCAUCGCCAGCAGCGAAGAGGAAGCCUACGAUUUCAGUGGUGCAGGCGCCAACGUAGUCCGUCGAAUCUAUAGUGUCAGUCCGAGGGAGGGUGAGCGCUACUUUCUUCGCCUCCUCCUCACACAAGUGCCAGGGGCAACAUCUUUCGAGAACUAG